AACCAACGACAACCCCACGACAACCCCAAGGUAAGUUAUCGCCAAUUUAUGUGCCAUCGUCAUACAUGUUGUCUGGAAAAUCGCUGACAAUUUAAUUCAAUAGUUCCUAAUUCAAGAUGAGUGCGUAAACCUUCGAUUCUCGAUUUUACAUAUCAACAUAUCAACACCAAGGAGGAAUUUAAAUACUGAUGAUUAUUUUGAAUUAUAGCCAAGGGAACUUCCAGUUUCGGAAAGCGCCACAACAAGACGCACACUUUGUGCAGACGCUGCGGUUAGUUUUGAUUCAAUUCUUGGGAAAAGGAAGGAGGAUGGAAAGUCGGGAUCAGGAGGUGGACAAUUGAUUGAGGACUUGAUUGGAGAAUUUUGGGAUAUUUUUCAGAGGAGAAUAAGAGGCUGAUGUUUUAUGGUUUAAAUUUCUAGGUCGCCGAUCCCUCCACAUCCAAAAGCACACAUGUUCAGGAUGCGGUUACCCAGCAGCCAAGAUCCGUCAAUGUACGUUUUUUCAAUCCAUUCGUUUUCACGAAAUCGAUUCAGACGACCUCAACGAUAUACUUUUCAAUUUUCGACAUAUCAAGAAGGAAUGAAAUGACAACAAAACGAAACAUGUGCUAAUUCAAAUAUCAUAAAUAGAUAACUGGGGUGAGAAGGCUAAGAGAAGAAAGACCACCGGUACCGGUCGCAUGCGUCACAUGAAGGAAGUCCCACGUAGAUUCAAGAAUGGAUUCCAAACCGGUACACCUAAGGGAGCUAGAGGACCAGCCAACAAAUCAUCCGAGUAAAAUGGAUUUGACAUUGCAUGGGAAGGAUUUGAUAAGGGUCGAGGGUUGGCGAAUGGAUGGCUUUUCAUAUGCUAGAGGACAGGAAUGAAAUGGGCUACAUUAUUGAGAAAUUUCAUAAUCUUUUUUUAUGAGUGUUGACUCAAUAUCGGAUACCUUGACAUUUCUCGAUCUUUGAUCCAUGUCUAUAGGAGGCUAUGAAUGUGGUGGGUUAGGAGGUGGUGCUACCGAUUUUUUUAAAAAAGACAUGAUCAUUUACAUGAUAUGUUCUCUAGCAAAAAUGUCAUCAUUUGCAAUCAUUUUGAGUGUGAUGAGAUGAUGGUGAUGGUGAUGGUGAUGAGGAUGAGCAUGAUGAGGAUGAGGAUGAGAUUUGAUGAUUUGACGAUUUGUUACUUUGCCAAGUUGGGCGUUUGUUGAUUGUGAGAUGAAUUGAACAUAGAUAC